CGCUCGGGAUGUCCUCCGGACCCAAAACCAACCAGAAGCAGAGCGCCGCGCCGCAGCCAGCGCAGGCGCAGCCAUGGCCACCUCUUCCUCCUCGCCGCUCACCACGCUCCACUCCUCCUUCCUCUCCCCCACUCCUCCUCCCUCGCCAUGCAGCGUGGCGGCGCUGCCCCGCCGGCGGAGGCGGUGCGCCCGCAUCCGGGCCAUCGACCUCGACCAGAACACGAUUGUGGCCAUAUCGGUGGGCGUCGUCAGCAUCGCCGUCGGGAUAGGCGUUCCCGUCUUCUACGAGACCCAAAUCGACAAUGCCUCAAAGAGGGAGAACACACAGCCGUGCUUCCCCUGCAGCGGCUCUGGCGCGCAGGUAUGCAGGUUUUGCACUGGGAAGGGCAUUGUUACGGUAGUACUUGGCGCAGGCGAGACUGAAGAAUCAAAGUGUGUCAACUGCGAUGGCAUCGGCUCUUUGACAUGCACCACGUGCCAAGGCUCAGGGAUCCAACCACGCUAUCUUGACCGCAGGGAGUUCAAGGAUGACGAUUGAUUGAAGGUUUUGCUUAGUCUUGUGGUGGUGUGCCGAAGAUGUUGACAUCACUGCCUGAUUUGAGGAUGGCGUUGCUUAUUCAGAAGAGGGUGUACUCAUGAGGAUCCAUAUGCAUCUGAUUGUUUUGUGUUGUCUUAUAUUUGUCCCAGUUUGGUAAAUAUGUAUGGCAGUUAACCCUCCAGCGGCACAGAUGAUGCGAAUACGAGUGUUGGACAUUUUCCAUCAGAUGCAACAUACCGUGCUCUUUUAACUUUUGGAGUUAAUUAGCAUUAUGCUUGUGCUCGUGCUUAUAGUUAUAUACUUAUAUGUAAUGUGCAUACAAAUUCGAGUGACCAAUAUUGCCGUAAUCUGUAAGUGCAUGCUGGAUUGCUGACA